AGAAAGAUAUUUUCCCUGGCGAGGGGAGAGAGAGAAAAUCCCGGCCGUUAAUGGUUAAGCAUAUUCGUCAGGCAUAACGCGUGCUAGCCGUCCAUACGGGGAUCAUCGUGGCCGUUGCCCACACUCACACGAUGGCGCUUUUAAGCUAGUGAAGAUCUCUCACUGGGACGGCCAACCGAUCCUCUCUUUGGAUUCCAAGGAAAAGCGAGAGAGAGAUCCAUUCCAUAGCAGCAUUUGGACGAUACCAUCGGGGUAAGGAAGGGAUUUUUGAUGCUAGGAGAGAUUCUAGAGGGGAGGAAGAGGAAGAAGAAGAGGAAUGCGGUGCUUCGCCCACAAGAAAUCGCGGCACAAGAAGGCAUCACUGGCGGGGCAGGACGCCUCCGCCAAGAUGAUGCGAACCAUGUCGGCUCCACCCACAUUCCUGGUCACGGAUGACGACCCAAUCCCGCCGCCGCCACCACUGGCUCACCCAUCGCCAUCGCCUUCGCCAUCGCCAUCUCCCAGCGCCAUCGCCAGGAACCCAAGAUCAAAGCCCACCGCCAUCGCCGUGCCCAAGAUCUCCACCAGGUUGGAAGAUGGCUCCUCGUCGCCCCUCGUCACCCACUCAGGCCCCAGUGGAUACGCGAGCUUGAGCGGCGUGAGGAGGGAUCCCAUCGUCUUCCGGGGCCAGCCACUGCCGCUGCCCACGCCAGAGUCUUGCGGCCUCUCGCCAGAACCAUCGAGAUUCAUGGGCUCCCCGGCGGUGACCAGGGAUUCCACCGCUGCCAGUGAUCACUAUCGCCCCGGCAAAGAGUUCAAGAAAUCGGCAUCCAUGCCACUGCCAAGGCCACCGCCAGUAGCCCACGAGAGGCUGGCCGCCGCGCACAUCACCUUUUGCCCCGAGACCUCGUGCAUUGGCGAGUCCGGCAAUGGCCCGGCUUUCACUUGCACCGUCUCGAUCGAUGCCAAUCCCCGCGGCGGCGGUAGCAGCAAGGACUCCACGCAAGCGGUGCUCGUCCGGCUAUCGGACACGACAAUGCAGGAUUCCAAGGCUUGGAUCGAGCACGUCAAGGAGAUUGUGUGCCUGCGCGACGCGCACCUCAGCCGGAUCCUGGGAUUCAGCUUCACCACCGACGAGAAGCUGGUGGUUUACGAGAUCCAGGCCAACGGGAGCUUGGACAGGCUCUUGUAUGGCCGGAGCCGCGAUCGGCCGCCGCUCGACUGGGCGACGCGGGUGAGGAUCGCCACCGAUGCCGCGCGGGGGCUCGCGUUUCUUCACGAGCGAUCGCCCACAAAGCUCAUGUACAAGGACUUUAGAACUUUCAACGUGCACGUCGACAAGGAGCUGCGAGCACGACUCAUGGGCUAUGGAUUCACGCAGAGGUUUAUGAAUCCGAGCUCGCUCAUGGUGGCGGCCUACGCGGCGCCCGAGCUUCUCCAACGAGGAACGCAGUCGCUACCAUCGCCCAAGAGCAACGUGUGGAGUUUCGGAGUGGUGCUGCUGGAGAUCCUCACCGGCCGCCAGAACCGGGACGAGAUGUUCGCGGUGGAGGAGCAGGACCUGGUCGGCUGGACGGCGCCGUAUCUAGCCAACGACAAGAAGCUCUUCCUGGUCGUGGAUCCGGAGCUCAAGGGGAUGUUCCCGGCGAGAUCCGUGUCGCUCUUUGCAAAGCUGGCGGCGCAGUGUUUGCAAAGGGACCCGGCGGCGCGGCCCAGCAUGGAUCAAGUUGUCCAGUCCCUGGAGCACGUCCAGGCCGAGCGCGAUCACCACAUCAAAUUGUUCGAUGCCUCGGCGGGGAGUGACAGUCGCAAGCCACUCAUCGAAGCUCUCAGGGAGUGUAGCAGCCCCGGGGCGGCGGUGGCGAUCCAUCCGGCCUUCUCCACCGUCAAUGGCACUCACGUCCAGAAGAAGAUCGUCACCCGGAUCAUCAAAACGCUGUGUUCUUCGCCAGGAACUUUCGACUAGAUGGAGAGAUGGAUGGAUGGAUUGGAUCA